CGAAAAACAUCGAUACUAUCAACAUGAAGUGGAGUAGCUUCAUCGCAGCCAACGGGCUAUUUGCGCCCAUUCAUGCCGGUCUGCUUCGGUUUGGAUGCUCUCGACUGACUGUUCAACGAUUGGAUCCUUUAGUUAAUCCAGGCCAAAUCCCCUCAACCCAUCUUCAUCAAAUUAUCGGUGGAGACUCUUUCAAUGCUUCCAUGGAUGCGAAGUCCCAUGAUAUCCCGAAACUAUCUACUUGCACAACCUGCCAAUUCACGGAGGAUCUUUCCAACUACUGGACUGCCGUUCUGUAUUUCAAAGCCAAGAAUGGAACAUUCAAGAGAGUCCCACAGAGAGCCCAACAGGGCAUGGAGGGAACCCAGGGAGGAAUGGUCGUAUACUACAUGACCGAUGCGCUAUUCGAGACCCAGCAAAAGUCCAAGGUCACGGCAUUCAAGCCAGGCUUCCGAAUGCUCGUCGGUGAAGUCGCCUAUCGCGACCGUGAACAGGCACGAGACUUCCGUCAGUUGACUUAUAUCUGCAUGCAAAACGAGGGAACUCGCGAGCCAGAGACCCUUCACUUCCCAACUAAGCCAUGCCCUGCUGGAAUCAUGGCCAACCACCGCUUCCCCACCUGCUGGGAUGGUGUCAACCUCGACUCUCCAAAUCACAGAGACCAUGUUGCAUACCCACAGACGGGAACCUUUGAAUCCGGCGGCAAGUGCCCAUCUACCCAUCCAGUGCGACUACCACAGAUUCUUCUGGAAACCGUCUGGGACACAAAGGCCUUCAACAAUAAAGCAGAUUGGCCUGCUGAUGGCAGCCAGCCAUUCGUAUGGUCUAGCGGUGAUGCGACGGGCUACUCGACACAUGCUGACUACGUCUUCGGCUGGAAGGAUGAUUCCCUACAGAAGGCCAUGGACGCUAACAACUAUGUGAGCGCACCGACGUUGAAGACACAGACCAUUGCACAGCAGAAUAAGUGCCAGGUUCCAGAUAUGGUGAAGGAAGACUUCGACUCUUGGCUAACAAAGCUACCGGGUGAUAUUAUGGUCCACUAG